UGCAAUAUGGAGUAGCGGAAUUAAAGUUGAAAGUUCUAUCUAUAGCGCUUAUCAGCAUUUAAUCCGAAAUGCCAAACAUUUUAUUUAUAUCGAAAAUCAAUUCUUUGUUACGUCAACAGAAGAUGAUCCAAAUUAUAUUGUUAAAAACCGGAUCGGCAAGUCUAUUGUUGAACGUAUAAUAAAAGCGCAUCAAGACGGUGAAAAAUUCCGUGUUAUUGUUAUCAUGCCUUUAUUACCCGGUUUUGAGGCGGAUUUAAAUUCCGGUGAUGCAGGAACGAUUCGCAUGGUGAUGCAUUGGCAAUAUGUCUCAAUUUGUCGAGGUGGUAAAUCUAUAUUAGAUAAAAUAAGACAAGCUGAUAUAGAUCCGGAAAACUAUAUAUCAUUUUUCGCGUUGCGUGGCUAUGACAAAAUUAAAAAUAAAGAACACAAUCGUAGUGUACCUAAUGGUUCUAUUAAGAACAAGCAGAAUGAAACUUCAGAUGAAUCUCGGCCAUCACAUAACGAUGAUAUUAGUACAGAUUCAUACUCUGAUGAACAAACUAAAACUUCUUUAAGAGGAAUCAGAGGCGAGCCGGGUAUGCCUGCAAGCAUGGUAGACUCAGAUCCAAAACAUACUUAUGUUACAGAAGAGAUAUAUAUUCAUAGCAAAUUAAUGAUUGUUGACGACAAAUAUGUUAUUAUUGGUUCAGCAAAUAUAAAUGACAGAUCACAACUAGGUGAUCGCGAUUCUGAAAUAGCGAUUCUUGUUGAGGAUAAACAGACUGUUCCAUCACGUAUGAAUGGACAAAAGUAUGAAGCAUCCAAGUUUGCCUAUACACUACGCAGCAAUUUAUUCAAAGAAUUUUUGGGACUUAUUGAACCACAAGCUCAUGCAACAAUUACCAAAAGUAGUUUACCGCCUAUUCAACCUGAUGUAUUAAAGGAAUUAUUGCAUGAUAGGGAUAGUUCAUCCACUUCAAUAUUGGAUGAAAUAACGACCAAUUCGGAGCAUAAUCAUCCUACGAAAGAAGAUUUGGUCGUUAUGGAUCCGUUGCAAUACGAAGAAUUUGUACCAAAUCCAACAGUUGUUGAUAAAGGACAUGUAGCAAUUAAUUACAAUGUAAAAACAAAGUUGGAAAAUAUCCGAGGACAAUUAGUUACAUUUCCUCUCCAUUUCUUAGAGUCAGAAAACUUAAUGAAAAGUGUAAUGUUAGGCGGUUUCACACCUAAUGAAAUAUUUACCUAA